GAAAAAGGCAAAUAAUGUAAAAACCAUAAAAAGUAAAUAAUGAAGACGAGUGAAAAGUUGCUUAUAAUUGGCCAUUCUAUAGCAUACGGUGCCUGAUAAAAUUGGCCCUAGUAUGUGAGAACUUUGAUUGAAAGCUUCACUGGAGUAAAGACUGAAGUAUUUUUUUCCCAACAUUAGGAUUACACUAUCCUGAACCCUUGAUCGUGCCUUGUUGCCCCAUAUCCCCCUAUAUUGGUGUAGGGUUCAGAAAAAGUAUAUGAACAGCCCUGGUGUUUUCAUCUUAUGGCAAAGAAGCAUUGAAAUACACCAAACUGCACUACAUCAAUGUUAUGUAAAACUGUUUGAGUUCAUAAAACCAUGUCAGUUUUUAAUGCAAGUUUUUAGCAGAGCAAAGGGUGGUGUUUGUGGGAACAAAAAUGCUGCAGAUGUUUACAUAGCAUUUAGCACAGUCGUGUUUGUGUGCCAGCCAUUCUGAUAUGUCCCACUGACUUGAGCACUUCAUCAGUUAUACUAUGAUCCUAAUAUUGAAAACAAGAACCUGGCACAGAAAUGGUUAAUGCAGGCGCAGAUAUCUCCGCAAGCUUGGCAGUUCAGCUGGCAAUUACUAAAUGGAGGGAAAGUGCCUGAAAUUCAGUACUUUGGUGCCAGUGCCCUUCAUAUCAAGAUAUCCCGCUACUGGGGAGAUAUCCCUGCAGAGCAGUACGAGAGCCUCAAGUCACAGCUUUUUGCACAGAUCUCUGUAUUUGCCAGUGGCUCUAAAAUAGUGCUGACUAGACUAUGUGUUGCUCUGGCUUCUUUGGCACUCAACACGAUGCCUGAUACCUGGCCACAUGCUGUUUCUGAUAUGGUGCGGGUAUUUCAAAAAGAGGAUGGCCAGACUGAUGGUGGGUCCCGUUGCUUGGCACUUCUAGAACUGCUAACAGUAUUGCCAGAGGAGUUCCAGACUAGUCGCCUGCCACCUUAUCGCAAAGGAAUUGUGCGCUGUUCACUAGCACAGGAGUGCACCUGUGUUUUCCCCCUUUUACGUCAGCUUUUAGAGCAAAGUGACACACCAGGGUUUGUCAAACAGAAAGUCUUGAAAUGUUUCUCUAGCUGGGCUCAACUUGAAAUACCCUUAACAGAGUGUGAGGAACUGACUCUUGCUGCUUUCUCUGCACUGCGGGAUCCUGAACUCUUUGAUUCAGCAGUAGAGGCAUUGGUAAACACAAUCUCCCAACCUGAUGCGCAAAGGUACGUGAACACUCUCCUCAAACUGAUUCCUCAAGCUAUGAGUUUGCAGGACCAGCUGCAUCAAGCGGUACAGAAUGGAGAUCUAGAGACGUCGCAUGGGAUCUGCCGGAUUGUGGUAGCAUUGGGAGAAAACCAUUCCCGGGCUUUCUUGGAUCAAGUGGAUCACUGGCAAAGCUUCCUUGCACUUGUGAACAUGAUAAUGUUCUGUACUGGUAUUCCUGGGCAUUACCCAGUCAACGAAACUACUAGCUCACUCACACUGACAUUCUGGUACAGUUUGCAAGAUGACAUCUUCUCGUUUGAGGCAGAGAAACAGGCAGUGUAUCUGCAGGUCUAUCGGCCAGUCUACUUUCAGCUGGUGGAUGUGCUGCUACAGAAGGCUCAGUUUCCUGCAGAUGAGGAGUAUGCCUCCUGGUCCUCUGAUGAGAAGGAGCAAUUCCGUAUAUACAGGGUCGAUAUAUCAGACACACUCAUGUAUGUAUAUGAGAUGCUGGGAGCAGAGUUGCUCAGUAACUUGUAUGAUAAAAUUGGACGACUUCUCACCUCCUCGGACCAGUCUACCUCAUGGCAGCAUACAGAAGCUUUACUGUAUGGCUUCCAGUCAAUUGCAGAGACCAUAGACGUUAACUAUUCAGAUGUUGUCCCUGGACUUAUCGGCCUCAUCCCUCGCAUCAACAUCAACAAUGUGCAGCUUGCAGACACAGUCAUGUUUACUAUUGGUGCAUUGGCUGAGUGGCUGGCAGAUCACCCUGUUAUGAUCAGUAAAGUGCUGCCGUUAGUUUUACAUGCACUUGGAAACCCAGAACUUUCAGUCUCAAGUGUGUCCACUUUAAAAAAAAUUUGCAGAGAGUGCAAAUAUGAUCUUCCACCAUAUGCUGCAAAUAUUGUUGCUGUCUCACAGGAGGUACUACUUAAACAAAUCCACAAGACCAGCCAGUGCAUGUGGCUGAUGCAGGCACUGGGUUUCCUGCUGUCUGUUCUACAAGUAGAGGAUAUUCUCUCAAACCUGCACUCUCUGAUAACACCAUACAUUCAGCAAUUGGAAAAACUGGCAGAUGAAACUCCAAAUCCCUCUAACAAGGUGGCUAUAAUCCAUAUUCUUGGCCUACUCUCCAAUCUUUUUACAACACUGGAUAUCAGUCAUCAUGAUGAUGAUCAUGAAGCAGAGGUUAAAAAGCUGCCAGUGGUACAAGGCCCCAAUCCGGUCAUACUUGUUUUACAGCAAGUUUUUCAGUUAAUCCGGAAGGUUUUGAGCACCUGGCUUAAUGAUGCACAAGUAGUGGAGGCAGUGUGUGCAAUAUUUGAAAAGUCUGUGAAGACACUUUUGGAUGACUUUGCCCCCAUGGUGCCUCAGCUUUGUGAGAUGUUGGGCCAAAUGUACAGCACAAUACCACAAGCUUCAGCAAUUGAUCUUAUACGACAGUUGGUUCAUAUAUUUGCCAAUGAGCCGGUUCAUUUCCCUCCAAUCAAGUCUCUUUUCCUGUUAGUUACCUCACUGACUCUGUCACUGUUCCAGCAAGGACCCAGGGACCAUCCUGAUAUUGUUGAUUCAUUUAUGCAACUUCUGGCACAGGCUCUGAGACGCAAAUCCUGCCUAUUCUUGUCCAGUGAGCUUGAUGUCAAAGCUGUCUUCCAGUGCGGAGUCAUAUCUCUGAAGUUUCCUGAGGCGCCAACUGUGAAGUCUAGUUGUAAUUUUUUUAUUGAGUUUUUGCCACGAUGUGGGGAACUGGCCCCAGUAGGACAGGUGGUCCACGAAGAAGGGAAAAUUCUCCUUCAAGCCACACUAGAGGGAAUAGGAGGUCAGGCUUCACGCAACCAUAUGGAUCACUUUGCAGACAUUCUUUUCUCAUUGAACAAGAACUGCUUUGCAUACCUGGUAGUCUGGUUGAAAGAAGUGAUGCAGCAAGAUGGCUUUCCCUCCCAACGCCUCACACGAGAACAAAAGGAUAACUUCAGUCAGCAAGUUGUCCGGGAACGUGUGAACAAGAGACGGAUGAGGGACAUGGUGAAAGAAUUUACCCUGCUGUGUCGUGGACUUCAUGGAACAGAGUACACUGCAGACUACUGAUUAUGUCAGCAACUUAUUUUAUAGAAAGAAAAGGCUCCAGCUGACUAAGGUUCCUGCAUUCCUGUAUCAGUCCCCAGUGUCCUCAGCCUGAGUGGUUUGCUAAUCUCUGAGUGACAGAGGUUGGACUGUACUCUGUCGCCUGUUACUGCUGCUGGAGUACCUUGUGUCGUGAAACACGCAGGGUAGUGAUCAUUGCAUCUGGGAAAAUCCCUUGCUAAAUGCUCUACACGUCUUGAACGUUUUGUCUACCCCCAUUCUUCAAUGACUGACAUUGUUUGCUCUCUGUGGAUGCCUGUGUACACUUAUUCCUUUGUGGGGUUAAUGACAGAAUGUGUUUUGCUGCUUGUAGGACAUUUUACAGAGACCCUUGGACAGUAAGUUGAAGUUAGUGAGUGGACAGAACAAUAUAUCCUUGUCUGUGCUGCUUUCCUUAUAAUAUAUUAUUAUUAUUAUUAUUAUUAAUAAUAAUGAGCAUGUAUGCAGGUUGUAAUCCUUCUCAUGCCCUUUAGGGACUGUUAGAAUAACUUACCUGAGAUCAAGAGGAAUGGAUAUCUGUCAUGAAUAUAUCAGCAAUGGCAGCAGUUACAGUAACUUUUCUCUCAAUUGGAAUCCAUGGAUGUCUUAUUAUUAAGUUUAAAAUGUAUCACUACUCAUUUUAGCCUUUCAUAUUUUCAUAUUACCUUCUGGCCCUUACCAAAUACAAACACAUACCUCCUUACUACUCUUAAGUCCUUCCCUGUGCUCUCCCCUCUAAGCUGCUGUUUGUUUUUUUAACAUAUAUACAGUCAAAACUCUGCUAACUUUCGUUUUCCAUGAACAGAACAAAAAAGAUGACUGGUCUUUUAAAACUAAUCAUUAAAGCAUAAAUAAAUGGGCAGAGCCAUUAACAAAUUGCCCAUCUGUUUGAUGAAUGGGAGACCUCUUGUGUUCAAUACCAGAAGAGCACUUAUAACGUUUCUAAUUUGGGGCUCACAGAGUUCUUGCUCAGUUUAACUGAAUCCUUAUAUAAAGUUAGUUUAUCCUCAUGAACCUUAUACUGUAUCUGCUAUUUCUGUAUUUGCAGUCCCUUCUAAAUAUACUAGGCUGCUGUUAUUUAUUAAUAUUUAUAUUCUCUAGCUGUAAGGGGAAUAUUUAUGAGAAGUGUGUUAAAUACAGGAAUGCUGAAAUACAGUUUUUUUUUCUGCUG